ACCGUGCAUCAAAUAUCCAGGCUACAGCAGACCUGUAUUCUUUCGGACUAGCCAGCUACAGACACUUCUCAGCCCUAGAACGACCGAACGGCUUGCUUUUUUUUCGUCAAGCAUGGGAUGCAAAGAGAGAAACAUACUGGUCGGAGGGAGGAGAUAAAUAGAUAGAAAGAGAGAAUAGAAAAAGGGAAGCGUGCACAGGAAAAAAAAAAAAAAGCCCCACAUCGAUUGUGCAGCGGAACCCGGAGCAGCGCUACAACAAAUAUCUGACCUCGACCCCCUCGGACGGUGGGGGAAAACUGGUUGUUGAAAUGGAGAUGUCGAGAUUUUCCAUCAUCCCGUCUCCUCCUCCAACACGCACGCUGCUGAGGCUGCUGAUGAUGAUGUUUGCGUAGGAGUGUUUUAUUUUGCGGACAGCCGCUGUUAAACCAGCCUCUACUGUUCAAACAACUCCAGACAAGCGGUGGAUGGACCUGUGCGUGUGUGUGUGUGGCUGCCUGCUCCAAACACAUAUUUAUAGAUAUUAUUAGUUUUAUUAGGCAGUUAUUAGAGUCCGGCACCUUUUCUUCGCCUUUGGAGUGUUUUUCUGAUGUCUUUUUGCGAGUUUGGAAUUGGACAGAAAAUGUUUGGCGUGCGACUGGCAAGAAUGUGUCGGGAAAAGUAGUCAAGAAGCAAAGAAUAAUGAUAUAAUAUAUUUUGCAAAGGACGCACCUGCUAUUUUGUUCAGAUUAACAACUAAAGAGGAUCCGGCCCAGCGGGUCAGCUCCUGUUGUGCUCUUUACUUUGCUGGCAUUGGGGGGCUUUAUUUGUUACUGGUUUCAUUAUUCAGUGACUGAGGUCGACACAAACUACAACUAGCAGAGGUUGGGACCUGAGCUCCAAGGAGCUUCCACUACCCUUGUUGUGACCCGGUGAAUUCCUCUUAUCUCUGAAGGGUGUUGAUGGAGAGCCAUUCGAAUGACAGCCGGGACAGUGGUCAUCACUGGUGGAAUCCUAGCUACUGUUAUAUUACUCCUUAUCAUCGCAGUACUGUGCUACUGUAGGCUGCAGUACUAUUGCUGCAAGAAGGAAGAGUCCGAGUCGGAGGAGGAGGAGCCGGACUUUGCUGUUACAUCCCGCCUCCCACCGGUCCACUCCAAUCACAACAUUGUGGCGGCAACGGCCGCCGCCUCCUCCAUCCCAAAUGGCCCCGCCCUUUUCUCCACCCCUCCGCUGGCCAGGAAACUGACACGCUCACAGACCUUCUGUCCAUCCUGUACUCACUAUGAGCUGCCUUUCUACCUCCAGCCACCUCAGCCGCAGCUCCACCAUCAACCAGAUGGGUUGAGGAAUGGAGGUGACCGGAUCAGCUACCGCAGUGUCCAGCAGCAGGAUCUGGACCUGCCAGUGCCUGUGAACAUUUCAAACUACCGUAAACCUAACCUCUCCCGGUCGGUCACCAUGAGGGACAUGUUCACACGCAGCUGUAGCAUCAGCACUGAUGUUUAGCUGGGCGAGGUUGGACCUCUGUGUAAGUUUAUGCUUAAAUGAAUUGUGAUGGCCUAGGCUGGACUGGCUUGAGUCAGACUGUAUUUUUGUUAUCUUGACCAGUUUAGUCCAGUCUAGUAUGGUCUGACCUAGUCUGGUCUUGUUCUACUGGCCACCUCUUGCAGAAUGGAAGACUCAGAUGGCUCUCAGGACAGGAUUUUCAAAGGUACUAUGCUAAGGUCCAGAACCUUACACUUGCGCCAAUGUGGAGUUUAAAGUAUUUAAAAAAUGUUAAAUUAUCAAUAACAUGAAGUUCUUUGUUUGUUUUCUUCUGACUAGUUCUUUUUUUAACAAUAAGAAUGGACUUUGUUUUACCAUUUCAUAAAGUUUGUGUAGCCCAUGGCCUGAAAGAUAAACAGAUUCCCGCCAUGUCAAAAUGACAUAAUCAGCAGGGAUUUUCUCUUUGCCAUAGCUGCUACAAACAAAAUAUGAUUAGGUGAAGUCCAGUGUUUCCCCCUCCUAUGAUGGGAUGAUCUGUCUGUUCCUCCAUCCACAGAUUAUAGAUUAUAAAAGAUCACUCUCCACCAGUGGAAAGACUAGCGGAGGACAGGGGAUGUUAUGUUUUAGCUGCCACCCACAGACAUUUUAGACAGACUUAACUUAGGCCAUAAUAUUUUAAGACAUAAAGGGCUCACAGAAGAUGGAAAUCCCUGCUUGUUUUCCACAUCCUUUCAUAGAGGUCUCCGGUUUGACGGGAGGCUGGUUUCUCUGAGCGUCUGCUGACUGAAGUGUAUAUACAGUACACUUCAGCAGAGAAAGACCUCUGUGUUCUUGCAGGCAAGGUGGACUAGGUGCCAAAGGGGGAUGGGUUCUUGCAUUUGUGUGCAUUCGUACGACUGUGCUUGCAUGCAUGUGUGUGCGUGUGUGUGUAUAACUUGAUCAAUUGUUAUACCAGGAUUCUUAUUCCAUACAAUUAAAACACAGUCUGCCCUCCCCCCAACUGUAUGUAUCCUGAACCCAGCAGUGGGUUGCAAUAACAUUUUAAGCGUUUCUUGUAAAGGGUGAAGGGAUUGUAUUAGUUUCCGUGUGCCACUUUACCUUUAAAUUCCUGUUAAAGCUAAGAAUGACCCAACCAGAUGAUGUGACAAACUCUUUAGUGGGUUUGCAGCUAUUUUGUAAAUGUUUAUUUUACUGAUCGACGCUAUAACACAGACUCAAGUUGGUGGUGGCAGUCAGAGGAGCAAAAAGUUUUUGCGGCAACACUUAACGUUAUAAUGUGAUGUUCAUUAUAGUUCUUCACCGAGGUUUCAUUUUGUGGACUCUUCACUACAUUCCUUGUGUUGUCUCUGAUAUGUUGAUAUAUGGAUUCAUGGGCUAAAGAUUUGUUCACCUUUAAAGGCACAUCUAUAAAUAUUUAACAGGCCAUAACAUACACAGUCUCUCUCCCUCUUCUCUCGACUCGCUGGACUGAGGAAAAUUUGCUCCUGCUCUGAGAGUUCCUUCUUGGGAUUGUUUUUAAUUGUUGUGCUUGGCUGAUCAGCCUGGCUAGAGAUUUGAUAUUCUGACUGGAUGGACACAGGACACACAUUUAAUGAAUGAAAUGAUUUAGUGCUUGAUUUCAAGAAGAAAUGCUGGUGAUUGUGUGACGGGCUUGACGCUGAUUGGAUUAUCCCUAUUGCCCCCCCGGAAAAAACGGAUGGUAAAUGCUUCUAAACCUCUCUCUCUCUCUCUCUCUCUCUCUCUCUCUCUCUCUCUCUCUCUCUCUCUCUCUCUCUCUUUGUCUCUCGCUUUCUAUCUUUCUGUCUCUGUUGAUUUUAUUAGCAAUCAUGCUCAUGUAUUUUCCCAAAGGGUGAAACAGUGAGUGAUGUUUUGUUUUAAGUUUUUCCUCUUGUGACAUGUGCUUCCCUGCAAAUACAUUACGAGACACAUGUACGCACACACACACACACACACACACACACACACACACACACACACACACACACACGCUCGCACACACACACACAGUUCUGCUACAGUAUGCUUUCCUUACUUUUUAAACAGAAAUGUGACAGUUGCACAAGAAAUGUAGUGCCAUAAAGAAUUAUGAGAGAAAUUUAUUAUUAUUAUUAUUAUUACAAGUGUUUAUUCAAAUGCAGUGUUGCUUUUACCCUAAAGUAUUUGAAUUACUUGCUUUAUUUUAUGAUCCAGCUGUUUUUUCAGACUCAGUACAGUACAGCAGAAAUGUUUCUGUCCUUGUUUCUAAUGUAUAACUAAGAAACACAUUGUUGCUAAUAAAAUGGUGUGAAAAUC